AUGAAGCUUUCAUUUUCUUUAUUCGUUACAGCUUUAUUAACUGGUGCUAGCGCAUCUAACGUGCUCGAGCUAAACCCCGACACUUGGGAUGAUGUCGUUGGCCUAGGCAAGCCUGGUUUGGUAGAAUUGCAAAAUCUUGCACCUACUUACGAGCAAGUAGCCGAUGCAUACUCUCACGUCAAGGACAAGGUUUUUAUUGCCAAAGUAGAUGCCGAUGGCAUAGGCAAAGAAUUAGGGAAAAAAUACGGUGUUACUGGUUUCCCCACCUUGAAAUGGUUCGAUGGGAAGGGCAACUAUGAACCAUAUGAAUCUGGGCGGGACCUCGAUAGUUUUACAUCUUUCAUUACCGGAAAGACCGGCGUGAAAUCUAGCAUUAAACCUCCCCCUCCACCUUCGUACCCUAUCCUCGACUACAGCAACUUUGACGAGGUCGUCAUGGAUCCCAAGAAAGAUGUACUUGUUACAUUCACUGCCCCUUGGUGUGGUCAUUGUAAAGCUAUGAAGCCUGCUUAUGAGAAAGUUGCCUCGAUAUUUGAAACUGAAAACAACUGCAUACUGGUCAAUGUUGACGCAGAUGACAAGAAGAACGAGGCAAUUAAGACCCGAUUCGGCAUCUCAGGCUUCCCUACCAUCAAAUUCUUCCCCAAAGACAACAAAGAUGGUAUAACCUAUGAGGGUGGUCGCUCUGAGGCUGACUUUGUCGACUAUUUGAACGAGAAGUGUGGAACUCAGCGCUCUGUCAAUGGAGGUUUGCUUGAUACCGCUGGCCGUCUCGCAGACUUCGAUGUUCUUGCAAACAAAUUCUUUACUGCUCCUGCCGACCUUAGGGACUCUAUAUACAAAGAGGCUCUCACCCUUUCUUCCACCGUAGGUGAUGUGUCAAAGCACUAUCUUCGUGUCAUGGAGAAGAUGGUCAACGGAACUGAGGUAUAUUAUGAGAAGGAAUCCAAGCGUUUAGCAAGUAUUCUCAAGAAGCGCACAUUGGCUCCUGCCAAACUUGACGAAAUUAAAAUCAAGUCCAAUAUUCUCCGCGCAUUUGGCGAGAAGCCUGUGGAGGAUCAGAACGAUGGUAACAUUCGUAGGGCCACAGCUGAGCUAUAG